AUGUUUUUCUCCAAAGCCAAACUUAGCUCCUCCCAAUAUGCCCCCCUGGCGAUAGACCCUGACGGUGAGGAGACUAUCAGAAGUCCCGAGAAGCGGUCCAUCUCUGAGGAUGACGAUUCUUCCCUUUCCCUGAUUGCAUCAAACAACCUGCCUACCCUUGCACCAUCCAAACUCUUCCAGCUACCCAAAAUCGUCGUUUAUCUCUCCUUCGCCCUGGCACUGCUAUCAGCAGCAAAUGUCGCUCUCCUCAACGUCACUCUAGCAGAAUAUCAAGCCUACCCGUUCUCUGACUCUGAGCUUGAGGCGCUUCCUCUCGGCGAUGCCAGACUAGGACUAAACAGAGCAGCGGGCAUGCUUGCCCCUUCCCAUAUAUAUCAAUACUCUUGGGCAGAUAGAAUUGCACGAGUGAGCCGAAAGUUGAAGAGUACUGUGUGGGGCCAGGGGGUACAGGUGUAUGUCACGGUUGAGGACUCGACGAUAAUGCGCUUUCCGAUCCCCUCCCCUGGCACCAAUGCUUGUGCAGUUACCUGGAGUCCGCCUCUUGAGUUUUCUGCGCGUACUUGGAACUUCACAACGAAAGGGGAUAUCACGGAGAUGGAGAUCUGGCAGCUGAUCGCGCCCUCCCCCGCCUCCGCCGUCAUCCCCUCUGGUAUGGAUGAGCUCGACUAUGAUACCCUGUCAUACUCGACCCUUCCUGUGCGCGGAGAGCUUCUCGGGGUAUUAGAUCUCACGGUCAAGCUGAAUAGCACAACAUUGGAGUUCGCCUGCCCUAGCGAGGCACAGAAUCUGAUCGUGGAGAUGAGGUGUCAGCGGGUGGCGUGUCAUUUAAGUUAUAAUCAGCUUGACGUGGCCUCGGGUUUCGGGUUUGGUCUGGCAAGGAGGCAGGAUCGAGCGGAAGUAUAG